GUAGGCUAGCUGAGAAGAGGCUCGCGUACAAAUACACUGGUUUUAAUAGUGAAAGUAUGCGAAGAAUUCGUACACCGAAAGCUCUUGCAAUUGGGUGUGAGAUAUAAAGCUGCCACAAAAGACAGUGAGGUGAGACAGCAAAAUGUCGCUUUUCAAGCGUUUGCUGAACAAGAAUACCGAUGGCGAUGCCAAGUCCCCUGGGACGCCCCCUGCUGGCAUGCAGGCCAUGGGUAUACAGCUACAGAGACGCUUUGCUAAAGGCGUACAGUAUAACAUGAAAAUUGUCAUACGAGGAGACAAAAAUGUUGGGAAAACUUGCUUGUUCUAUCGCCUGCAAGGUCAAAAGUUCAAGGAGGAAUACAUACCCACAGAUGAAAUUCAGGUGGCGUCCAUCCAGUGGAACUACCGUGCCACAGAUGACGUCGUGAAAGUGGAAGUCUGGGACGUGGUUGACAAGGGGAGGAAGCGACGGAAACUUGAGGGCUUGAAGAUGGAGAACGCGGAACUAGCGAGUCCGGAAGAGCCGUGCUUGGAUGCAGAGUUUCUUGAUGUGUACAAGGGGACCCACGGCGUUGUAUUUGUGUUUGAUAUAACGAAGCAAUGGACCUUUGGUUAUGUGGAGAGGGAAAUGGAGAAAGUUCCGAGUCACCUGCCAGUGUUGGUGUUGGGCAACCACCGAGACAUGGGACAUCACCGCACCGUGACGGAGGAGAAGGCCAACUACUUUGUGGAGCAGUGUCAGAGAGAGAGACCAGAAGGCUCUGGCAAGAUCCGUUAUGCAGAGUCCUCAAUGCGGAAUGGAUUUGGCCUGAAGUAUCUUCACAUGUUCUUCAAUCUUCCCUUUUUGCAAUUACAGAGAGAAACGCUUGAGAAACAGCUGGAGACGAACAUGAAGGACAUGAUGUCCACCAUACAGGAGCUGGAGAUCCACGAGGACUCGGAGGAACAAAAUUACGAUUUAUUUUUGGAUUCCCUCACGCAGAAAAGACGGCAACAGCAGGAGAAGUUGUCUGAGCCAGCCACCGCCACGGCCUCCAUCAAACAAGACAAGUCCGGAGUUCUGGUGGGCAAACACGGAGCUCCAGUGGUGAUCAGCUCAGGGCCGGGGGGUACCGAAACAGUGGUGGGAGCCACGGGGAACGGUUCAACGGCUACCGUCACUACUACCUCUAAAGCUGUCCCUCCCUCACCGUCUCAGCCAACAGUUCCAUCAGAUACUCAGUCCCCGGCAACGUCGGAAGCAGCGAAACCCGCCGAGACAGAGGCCACAGCUCCACCGCCGCGAGACAGCCAAUCAGAGACGGGCAGCCCGACCAACACUCCGCAGACAGAGGGGGCAAAGACUGGAAUUUUCUCUCGUUUGUUCAAGGGCAACAAGGCUCAGAGUUCUUCUGCUUCUCCGCCGAAGACUUUGAAUCUUGCAUCAAACGAAGCACCUCCGGCCGUGAUGAAAAGUGUGGAGGAUUUCGUGCCGGACGCCGACGGUCUAGACAGCGGCUUCCUGGACGACACUAAAGAGCCCGUGGUACCUGGCGUCACCAAAGUGGAGGAGGAGUCGGAGAGUGAAGAGGAAGGCAAUCCCAUGGUCGCAGGCUUUAGAGAUGACCUUGAGUCAGAGGACGAGGCUACAUCUGGAGUGGUGACCUCCAAACAGUUUUCCUCAUCAGAGGACGAAGACGAGGACAAAGGAAACUCCAAAAGUGUUGGUCCGAUCGACUCGGACGAUGACGAUGACAGGAACCCGGCGGUGACACAAGACGCAGAUCUCUCCAGUGAUGAAGGGGACAGUGCCCCGCCGCCCCCUAUUCCAAACGUUCCAGCACAUUCCACAAAGACAGCCUCCAGUGCAAAUUCGCUAAAAACCUCCGCGACUUCCGCGAAAGCGAAACCUGUCGUAUCUGCAGCCGACGUCGAUGUAACGGAGUCGGAAGACGAAGAUAUACCCGUCGCCAUCAGCAGCAGUGCCAACGACAAGCACGCAAACAAACAGUCAGCCGGUAAAUCGACUCAUCAAGUCAAUGCCAACGGUGCUUCCGGGUCCAGCGACGGCUCCACAUCUGUCAGCAAAAAGAAAAGUCGGGACCAUCACGCGGCGGAGUUGGACUCUGACGAUAACGGAGCGGAGAACGACGGGGAAGCCUCAGACACGCCCGCAGCCCCGGUUAUGGAAGUGCCGCAGGAGGAUCUCAACAGUUGGCUGGACCAGUUUGAAAGCAAGCAGCCCACAGGACCUGCGGAGAAAGCAAAGAAAGCUGCAGCUCCCAAGAGCAAGUCAUCGAAGAGUAAGGCGGUGAGAGCCGACAGUGGCGACGAUGACGACUCCGACAGCGAUGGGGCUGUCAAAGUCAAGAAAAUAUCAUCUGACAUUGAGGAGGAGCUGCCGAAUCCUUCUGCCGUGAAGAAGAAAAAGAAGAAGAAAACGGAGGACAAGGAUGAAGAGAAGUCCGAAAAGAAGCACCGCAAAAAGAAAGACAAAGACGAGAAAAAGAAAGACGGCAGCGGAAGUAAAGAAAAGUCCAGCAAGGACGGAGCUGCGAAGAAGGAGAAGAAGAAGAAAAAGAAGAAAGCGGAGGAGGAGCUGGAUGAGGACAACGACCUGGAGGCUUUCCUGGGCAGCCCGGGCGGAGACUACGAGAGUUUGUAGCACAAGCCCAGUCAGUUGUCUCCAUGUGCAUUUGUAUACAGUGUUAAUUCCCUCAUGUUCUUUGUGCAAUGAAUUUUAAAUUAUUUACACUGGUGUACAUAUGUUCCCCAACUGAAUGCCUUUCAUAUGGUUUGUUUUUAUUUGCUUUCUGUGAACGAGUCAUGAUGUGUUUUGUGAGUAAAUCAAAUAUAUAUAUAUAUAUAUGUAUGUAUAAGUAUACAUGUACUUGGACUGUGCCACCCAAAAGAUAUUUAAUAUAUUGUUAACUCGACAGAUGUUGGACACGCAAUUAAUGUAAUGAGAGAAAGUCAACACAAUUUGAGCAAAACAAAUAUCCGUGAAUUUUAUUUAUUUCAGUUAAGAAUGCGUGAGUCUUGCUGGGUUUUUUUGGGGUGUAAAAAUGAAGGUAGAAUGGUCAAGUCACAAGAAGUACUGCUACAAAGAGAGGACUGCCCUUGGUUGGUGUGUGUGUGUGAGUGCUGGGAGAUUUUGAGGAAACAAAACUUGGCCAAUGUUUCAAAGGGUGACGGCACUAUUUGUGCUUUUCAAAUACCACACACACAUGCGAAUAGUUUUUCUUUAUGUGCAGGUCCACCAACAACACUCCUCCCUGUUCAGUAUUCAGCAUUCACAGUGCUAUUUACUGAGCCAACGAUGGCAUGUAGGUCGUGCAAUACGAUGACGUCCCAUCAUCGUUCAACAUGGUUCGAAUUUUGAGUAGGGGAAGGGGGGCCUAAUUGCGUCGGCCUGCUGUAAAUUUCCUGCAAAGCCUUCCUCUGCACUUCUUCCUCCUUGAACUAUUCACGGUGUGACUAUUGAAUCGUGGUGAAUACUUCUUGCAGGCAUGUUUUAUAACUCUUGUUGGCUCCACUUGUCACUGCCUUGUAAUCAUCAAGCACAAAGUAUUUCCGUUUUUACCUCAACGAUUUUAGAUUUAAUGUGGUUUAAUUUUAUGAUGGGUUCAGAAAAAUUAGAUGAAUAUAUCCAUCUGCCAUAAAAACCACACAGCAUUGAAAUGGCUUUACCACGCUUUGAAUAGCUCGGAGUAGUAGAAAAAUCUUGAGUGCUGAAUGAUAAAGUCGUAUGGGCAUAGCUCGCGUGUGUAUUUAUGCAUGCAUUCAGUGGCUUUGAUUGCCUGUUGCUUGUCAAGAGAAAAAGAACCUUAUGUACUGUGUUCUAUCCUUGUGCUGUCGAUACAUGCUUAUCAGUAUCAUGCGUUGGGCCAUAGGCUGGAAGUGGAAUGAUGGGAAUUCUUGUGGUCGUGGUCAGAGUCCAAAGGUUCUGAACUUCAAGUAGUUUUUUCUGUAACUGAGUAAAUAUUUUCCCGCUUGAUAAUUGUUGUGUUCCAAAAUAACAUUUUCUGACUUGAUAAUUGUUGUGUUGCAAAAUAACAUUUUCUGGCUUGA